AGCAGUCGGAUUAUCGACAGAUCCGCGGGAAUCGUCAGCUGUUCAUAACCGAAGAAGGCACAUAGGUUGUCAAUACCGUUCACCGUGAAAUUUAUCUUCAGAAUCAACUCCCUCUGUGCAGAUUCCGAUAGUUGUGAGCUUCCGUCGUCAUGUCUGGUCUCGGAGAGACGAUACGAGAAAAUGCUGGAGCUUUCCUGGCGACUUUACAGAAGGAUCCUCUCACCACCCUUGUGGGCCAAAAAAUCGAGCAAGCUACAGAUGCCUCCCUAGCAUCUGAGAACUGGGCCUUGAACAUGGAAAUAUGUGACAUCAUCACCGAAACAGAUGAGGGUCCAAAGGAUGCUGCCAAGGCCAUUCGGAAGAGACUGAUGACCAACGCGGGCAAAAACUACACUGUUGUCAUGUACACCCUGACUGUCUUGGAAACUUGUGUGAAAAAUUGUGGUCGCCGUUUCCACCUCGUCGUCAGCCAGAAAGAUUUCGUGCAGGACUUGGUGAAGCUGAUCGGUCCGAAGAACGACCCACCGACAGCUGUUCAGGAGAAGGUUUUGUCUCUCAUCCAGAAUUGGGCUACUGCCUUCCGGAGCAAUCCCGAAAUGCAGGGAGUCGUACAAGUGUACACAGAUUUAAAAGGGAAGGGCGUCGAAUUCCCACAGAGUAAUGUCGAAACCACGGUUCCUAUACAUACACCGCAGCGAACGGUCUCAUCGCAGGAAUCCCGAGCUUCGUCCGCGGCAUCGGUCCGCUUAGGCGGUUCAGCCAUGCACGGAGAGCUAGUGAUACCGACACCAGUUCAGCUCACUCCCGAAGCGACACAGAAACUGAAGGCAGAGCUCGACAUCGUACAACGCAAUAUGCAUGUUUUCGGUGAAAUGUUGAAUGAGCUGGAGCCCGGCUACGAACAUCCGAGGGAUUGGGAUCUACUCCAGGAGCUUUUGAAAACAUGUCACGCGAUGCAAACUCGUAUCGUAGAACUUGUCGAUAAAGUUUCUAACGAGCAAAUAACCAGCGAAUUGCUCCGACUCAACGAUGAACUGAACAAUUUGUUCAUCCGAUAUGAACGGUUCGAGAAAAGACGGUCGGCUCUCGUCUCGCAGACACGUUCAUCGAUAUCAGCUACAAGCGCCACGCCGACCACGUCUUUGAACAGUCCACAGAAGAGCUCGGUAGGACAAGCCUCGGCGGCACUGAUCGAUUUCGAGGAUGAAGCGAGUGCGAUGCAGAAGCUGAGUUUAUCGGAAGCUGGACCAGCCACCAAACCAAAAACGCCAACCACAGUCGAGUCUCCAAAUGAGGCGGAUGAAUUCGAAGCUUUUGCGCAGUCUCGAACAGCCAAGUUCGCCGUUCCCGGAGCCCCGACCAACUCGAUGCCUGAUAACGCGAAUGACUUCCAGGAAAUGGAAGAAUGGCUCGAAGCUCAGGACGCUACCGAGAACCCGCCACCUGCGAGCAGCACAGGGGCGGUUUCAUCAUCAGACUUCGACCGUUUCCUUCAAGAGCGAGCAGCUGCGGCCGAUAGAUUGCCCACAAUACAGGCUCAAGCAGGUCCAGCCAAAGAAACGAAAAAAGACGACCAAAAUCUGCUUGCCCUCUAAUGGGUCGGGCCCCUCGCUUCCACUCGCAGUGAUUAGCGGCUUUUAUCUACUUUCAAACCUCUUCGAUGAUCCGGAAAUAUGACUGAUGUUCCCCCUGGGGAUGAACUCCGAAGGACGAGUUGAAUAUUGACUGUUCUCUGAUACCCUCUCAUUCCUCUGGCAAGCACCUUGUGGAUCCAUCCGAUAUACCAUAAUUUCUAGAUGCGUUCAUUUGGAAAAACGGAAUAUUUUUGAAUUGUUUGUUCUGAUCUAUGAUAUGUUAGAAGAGAGUUUUCGACGCUGCUGGGUGCUGGACUCGCGACCUCGGGUCAGAAUCCAGGGAGACGAUCUGCAUUGCACACUUCUUGGGAUUCUGGGUCCGAACCGCCAGUGAAGAUCGCUUUCCCCACCUUCCCUUGCUGUCCAGAGCUCGAUACAUGGACGUUUACUUUUGCUUCGCAAUUCCUCCAGCCCGCCGAAUCUGGAGGCGUCUCAUCGACGGUCCGCGGCCCCCAGUGAUUCUUGAUGAUGUUUCCGAAUUCCGGAUAAUAAAUGAUCAUUUCUCGGAAC